AUGCAGCCGCGAAGCCUGGAGUUCGUCGUUGACUGUACGGCAAGAUGGAAUGGCCUCAGCUCUACUGAACGGAUCGACUUCCUGAGCUGCUGGCUGCCGCGUUGUGGCAAGACAGCUUCCGAUUGGAAUGCUUACACAGAGGGGGAGCAGAUGGCCCUGAUCGCGGAAUUCUUUCGGGCGGAAAGGCAGGUGUCGGAGUCGCAGGUAACAGGUGCCAACUCGUCAUGGUGGCAGGCGCUGUCUACCGAGCAGAAGUUGGCACAUAUCGGCAAGGCCCAGAUUUCCCUGUCCUGGUGGCGGAGUUCAAGAAGCUCAAUGAUCAGGAGAGAGAGCUGCGAGUUCUGCAAGACCCUGCCUUUGCCAACCAAGUGGCUUGUUUGA